AUGUCGUCACAAAGGCAAGCCGUCGACAUAGAAAUGAGCGAGGCAGGCUCUGACUAUCCUCUCUUCGAUGAGUCCAUUGUGGCCAUCCAACACAACAUUUUGGAUGAACAUCUACACGUCUUCCGACAUGUUGACGCCUCGUCACUUCUAGACGAGCUGCGCAACAGCAUCGUCCGUGACAGUACGAGGGACAGGAGAAUCGCCGCACCCUCGCGAAAGCUGGCUCUCUUCGUGCAAACGUUUGCACCGUACUUCGACGUCCUCGGCAUAUGCACAAAAGUCAGACCAGAAUGGCCCGGUUGUUUCUGGGGACUUGUUCAUCUGCUCUACCAGGUGAUCAACAGCAAUGUACUUUUUUAUGAGAAAGUUGCAGACAUGUUCGAGGCCAUGGCGAGCAUAUUACCUCCCUACCAACAGAUCUACACGAUCUGUAAGCAGCGAUUGCACGGUGCCCAGAUCGACGCUGAGGACGAGCGCCUGGCUAUGCUCAUGUCUUAUGCAUUCUCGGAUCUAGUCAAGCUGUGCUUAGACAUUUAUCGCAUCUUCUUCCGAAGUGUAGAAAGUUCCGGAUCGCGUCAUCUGACGAACAUCUUCACAACGUCCACGCAAUGGCGACCAUUAGACUCACGUUUCGCACAGCUUGAGGUAAAAUUGACCCACCAUAGGCGAUGGCUGGAAAGGGAAACAGAAAGCCAUAUCCAGGAUUUCGCAGUAGUUGAACAUCGUCGACAGAAGUACUUGCGUUCUAUUCAUCGCCAGGAUGGAGAUGUACAUGCGACUGGAGAGCUUCUGGAACGUAGAAUGGCGAAGCGAUUGAGACGAGUAGAGCUUGUCUGUGACUGGAUCUCAAAUGGUGUACAAAAUCAACGUACAGACCCGUCUGCAAGGCGGACAGAGCACCGGGGUUCAUGCAAUUGGUUUCUGGAUCUGGAAAAGUAUCGCAAGUGGAAGAACAGGUACAUCAAAAGCCUUGCAAACAACACAAAUGCAUUACAAGACAACUGGCAUGAUCGAGUGCUGUUUGUGCAGGCUGAAGCGGGUUUUGGCAAGACCGUCGUCGCCGAUGCGGUCGUUGAUGAUCUAGGCGCAGAAGCUGAAGACCUCGAAAGCAGUAACGCGCCACCAUCUACAGCUUGUUUCCAUGUCAAAGUCACGCACCCAAGCUCAGUGCAUCCUGGCCAAAUCUUCCGUGAAAUAACACUCCAACUACUGUACAACCACCGUCAUAGCCACGCAACGCUCGAUGCUGUGUGUCUUUUGUUGCGGAAAACCUCAUUCCAGCAGACUGCGACCGCAAAAGACAUUCUUGACCUUCUUCUUGUCCUGCUGCGACAGCACCCAACGUUCGUUAUUGUUGAUGGGCUCGAGAGAUGCAUCGAUGAGAGAGGAUUUCUAUCAUCGCUAGCUCAGCUGUGCCAAAAAACUGAUGUACGAGUUAUCAUCUUCAGCAGGCCGGCGAUCGGAAUCCCUCUUGAAUAUCAAAAGUGGGCAUCUGAUGCACCGCAUAUUGUACCCCUCAAUUCUCAACAUACUGCAAAGUCAAAAGAGCUUUACAUGUCUCAGCAACUUGCCCAAAUGGCAGACCAAGGCUACUUCGGCAUUGAUAUGGACAGAGAAAUUCUACCGCAUGUUGCGCGACAGUCAAAUGGGACGUUCCUCUGGGCUACUCUGCUGCUAAAUUACGUCCAGUCUCCCGCUUUGUCACCGGAUGAACGACAGUCGAUUCUCUUGGACGCCCAUCUGUUGGAAGGCUUGGAAGCACUCUACAGCAGCAUUUUCGAGACUCUCAGGAACCAACCAGCGCAUGAGAAGCUCCUGGUAGCCGAUGUCAUACGGUGGCUUACGUUUCCUGUCCAUCGACUUUGUACAUCAGCACUGCGGAUGGCCCUGUCAGUCUCGAUCGACAUCUCAGAGUAUCACGACACAUUCCCUACCGAGCUUCUGGAAAUUCUUCCACGAAUCACCUGUGGACUAAUUGAAGUCUCUGAUGGCGGAGUGUCCUUCGUUCAUCCCUCAGUACGCGAAUAUCUCCAAGCUCCCGCUUCGAAAGGCUCCGAGUCUAGCUUAUGCGACGAAAGCAGCGUGCAUGCGCAUCUUGCAGCUCGCUGUCUAUCCUACCUGGCCCACGACAUACCACAGCGACCAUUGGGCGGCCUAUCACCAUACAUCCAACCCAUGAUGCCCACCAACUCAGCCGCCAGCUAUCGGACCACCAAAUCUGGCGAUAGCGGGUACAAGUCCAUCUCGUCCUCCGAUAGCGAACAUGCCCUUCCCCAACCAGCCAUGCAAUCCGAACACACCAACGCCAGCACAGCAAGUAUACGCACCGUGCCAUUCGACACGAACCUCCCUUUUCUCCGCUACGCAAGCUUGUGCUGGCCGAUCCAUCUCAGUCGAGCCCUGGCCCCAACCAAUACUCACCCAUACGUCAUACCCUGCCCCGGACCCUUCGAAGCUUUACCGUACAUCCCCACCCUAUCCGCCUUUCUAUCUUCCCGUCUCUCAGUAACUGCUUGGGUCGAAGCAUCGUUUCGAUAUAGUCUACCACCAACGCUUACGCGCCUUGUUGGUCCACUCGCUGAUCUGAGAGGCGAACUAUCGCCAGCGACAAUUGAAGGCGCCGAGUUGAGACUAGUUGUCAGCGAGCUUAAUGUUUUGGGCGAGAAGCUUAUGGAGUUGAAGAGAGGUUAUGCAACUAGUCUGAGGGAGAAUCCGAGUUUGAUUUGGCAGAUUGGGGAUGCGGUGGGAGAGGGAUAUUGGCCAGUUUGGGAUGCGAGUGUGGACGAAAUCAGCCUCACAGCAACAAGCAUCACCAAAAAGAAAAUCACCUCACCCCAAAAGCACAAUUUACAUCAGAAUCCAAUCACCACACUGCACAACUUCCAACUCCAUCCCCAAACUCUCGCUCGCGUACCCACCGCACAGACCCUCUCCCCUCCUCACGCAUCUCCUCGCCCCGUCCCCGCCGUCCAACUAAGCCGCCCAACUAAUCUGCGCCGCCGCGCGCCGCAUGCGGCAUCGUGA